CUUCUGUUCACUUGAGUCCUGCAGAAACGCCAGAAAGACCCAGAGAGAGGACCAGAGAGUAAAUCAAUAAAUAAGUGAAUUUAACACACGGUUAUAAAAAAAGUCUAAAUAAAAAAGCCGUGUUGAAGGAUCUCCGCAGGGUUCCGCAGUAGACGUCGGUGUAACAAAAAACUUUUGUCAACAGUAGUGCUAGUGGUGAGCUUCUGCCGCCGCCGGCUGCGCUGUUAGCCCGGCUAGCUGUUUGUUUACGUCGCAGGGCUCGAGGGGGGGCAGAGAGAGAGAGAGACCAGCCCGCCGGCUUAGCGUUGACGUUUUCCCCGGAUUUUACCCUGAAGAUCCGAAAUUAGACCCAGGAACGAGGUUCGCUGGCUAAGCGGCGCCGACCUACAGGACUGCGCGGUACAGAGGGAAUGAGUCAUGACCUCGGUGGUGGUAAUAGACGGUGGAGGGAACGUUCUGGAGUAUGUCACCGGGGACGAGGAGGCGCAGCAGGAGGUGUGCUGUGAAGACACUGUGAUCCACGAGGACGAGGUCGAGUGUCCCGCGGUGAUCGUGGAGCAGGUGAACAGUGCCGAAGUGGAGCAAUGCUACGCCGCUCAGGUGCUCGUCUGCGACGACGAGAACACCUACCUGAUGCAGGAGGUGGUGGAGGAGCAGGUGGUGGAGACCGAGGUGCAGGACUCGGAUAUAGUGGAGGUGUCGGUUAAUGACAAAACCAUCGAGGCGGCUGAGGCUCUGCUGCACAUGGACUCUCCAGCAAGCCUUCAAGGUGACCACAGCCCAGAGGAGUUCUUGUCAGAGAUGGAGGUGGAAGUGAGCACAGAGGACAUGGGACACGUUGUGGAGGAUUCCCACAGCACACUGCAGCAAACCAAUCUGCAGAAAAAGAAAAGAGGGCGGAAAUCCAAGCUGCCUCGGGGCUGCUGCGACGGCUCUCUGGAUCUCAUUUAUAAACGGAAAUCGAGGGAGAGCAAGGGUACCACCACGUACCUGUGGGAGUUUUUGUUGGAUCUCCUUCAGGAUAAAGAAACCUGCCCUAAGUACAUCAAAUGGACGGAGAAGGAGAAAGGCAUAUUUAAGCUGGUGGACUCCAAAGCUGUGUCCAAACUGUGGGGAAAACAUAAGAACAAACCGGACAUGAACUACGAGACUAUGGGACGAGCACUCAGGUAUUACUACCAGCGAGGAAUCCUUUCCAAGGUGGAAGGUCAGAGACUGGUGUACCAGUUUAAGGAGAUGCCCAAAGACAUCGUGUUCAUCGACGACGAGAUGGAGGACGGGAUGGAAAAGGGCAAAGUGCAGAGCUUCACGGCAGCCGACUGCACGAGCCCCAGGCGGAGAAAAGAGAGACUGUCUCCCAUUUCAUCCUCCACGUCUGUCAUCAGCAUCGCAUCAGGACCCGAAGGACUCAGGACUGUGCAAAAGAGUCCGGUCGCCACGACAACGGGCCCCAGGACGGUAAGGCUGGCCAUGCAGGUCCCUGUUGUCAUGACAACGCCCCAGGGUCAGAAGGUCUCCACGAUGACCCUGAACUCCCCCACGAGCAUGCUGGCUGGGGGCAGCAGCACGGGGAAAGUGGUGCUGCAGGCCGUGCCCACGCUUUUGCCCACGCAGGGUCAGAACGGAGAGCGGAUCACGCUGCAGCUCAUCACCAUCCCCACCACCGGGGGCCAGACCAAAGCGGGCACGCCCAUCACCCUGCGCACGCUCACGCCGCUCGCCGGGACGCAGGUCCUCCAGCUCGCCAUGCCUUCUUCCACGAACACCCCGACCACCAUCACGCUGCCCGGCGAGGCGGCGCUCAGCACGCAGGACAUCAAGAUCAUCAAGCUGGAUACUUUGGAGCAGAGCGCAUUCGGGGACCAGACAGUCACGCACAGCUGAGACGCCGUUCACGCGAGACCCGAUCCACGCCGAACGUAUUUAACUCCCACGAGUGCUCGCGAGGACUUCAGCAACCAAAGCAGCACUACGGCGAAACCUCCUCACGUCCACGUCCCAACACUACGACUGACUUCAGAAACGAAGCAGCUGAGACGUUUCCAGUCGCCUUUCAGAGCUUUCGCGAGGUGGCGCUAAAACGCUGGGACGCUUUGGACAAACAGCGAGGGGGACGAAAACUGUCCACCAGCAUCGACGAGCGUGGAAAAGACUCUGUACAUAACCCGAGUGCUCUCUGAAAUGUAAAGCAGCUUCUAAUUCUUCUUUUUUUUUCCUUCGACAUUGUAAAUAUAAAAUAUAAACUCUUUUA